AUGUCGUUACCUGAGGUUGAAAAGCUCCUGGCUGCUGAAAAAGCAGCCGAAGCCUCUGCUGCGGACAUCAAAAAGGGUCCCAACAAAGAAGCCAAGCCCAAAAAGGAGAAGAAAAAGGAAGCGGGGCCUAAGCAACCUCUCUUUUUGGAUCCCCAACCUGAAUUCAUCGAUGAGCGUAUCAAGAUGUUUGAUGAACUCAAGGCGAAGUACGACGCUGAAAUCGCGUCUAAAGAAAGAAAGGCUAUCAAUAUCACGCUUAAGGAUGGAACCAUGAAGGUUGGUACCGCAUGGGAAACUUCUCCUUUGGAUAUUGCCAAGGAGAUCGGGUCUGGGUUUGCUGAUCGCAUGGUGAUUGCCAAGGUCAAUGGCCAAUUGUGGGAUUUGCCUCGUCCUUUGGAGGGUGAUGCCGAGUUGGAAUUAUUAGAUUUCGAGCAUCCUGAAGGGCGGAGUGUUUUCUGGCACUCUUCAGCUCACAUCUUAGGUGAAGCUUGCGAAUGCCAUUACGGUUGUCACUUGUCGCAUGGUCCCCCGACUGAUGACGGGUUUUUCUAUGACAUGCUGAUCAACAAUGGUGAAACCACGGUGGCUCAAAGUGACUUUUCUAAUUUGGAACAAGUCGCCACUAAAGCAAUCAAGGAAAAGCAAAAGUUCGAAAGAUUGGAAAUGACCAAGGAAGAAUUGCUCAAGAUGUUCCAUUACAACAAGUACAAAGUCAAAUUCAUCCAAGACAAGAUUCCCGAUGGGACUUCGACCACCGUUUAUAGAUGUGGUCCCUUGAUUGAUCUUUGUGUUGGUCCUCACAUUCCUCACUCGGGUAAAAUCAAGGCAUUCAAGGUUUUGAAGAAUUCUUCAUCUUAUUUCCUUGGUGAUGCUACGAACGACUCACUUCAACGUGUGUACGGUAUUUCGUUCCCUGACAAGAAAUUGAUGCAAGCACACCUUAAGUUCUUGCAGGAAGCUGCCGAGCGUGAUCACCGUAAAAUCGGUCGUGAGCAAGAGUUAUUUUUCUUCAAUGACAUGUCACCUGGUUCGGCGUUCUGGUUGCCUCAUGGUACCCGUAUCUACAACACGCUUUGUGAAAUGUUACGUAAGGAGUACAAAACUCGUGGCUAUGAAGAGGUCAUUACUCCCAAUAUGUACAACUCUAAGUUGUGGGAAACCUCUGGUCAUUGGGGAAACUAUAAGGAGAACAUGUUUACCUUUGAAGUUGAAAAGGAAACUUUCGGUCUUAAGCCUAUGAACUGUCCUGGUCACUGCAUGAUUUUCAAAUCCCGUGAAAGAUCUUAUCGUGAAUUGCCCUGGCGUGUGGCUGAUUUCGGUGUUAUCCAUCGUAAUGAAUUUUCUGGUGCUCUUUCUGGAUUGACUCGUGUUCGUCGAUUCCAACAAGAUGAUGCUCAUAUUUUCUGUACCCAAGAUCAAAUCGGUGAUGAAAUUGCUGGUGUGUUCGAUUUCUUGCAAAAGGUUUAUGGCAUCUUCGGUUUUGACUUCAAAAUGGAAUUGUCUACUCGUCCCGAAAAGUACGUGGGUGACUUAGAAACUUGGAAUGCCGCUGAAGCCAAAUUGGAAGGUGCACUUAACAAGUUCUUGGGCGAAGGCAAGUGGGAAUUGAACCCCGGUGACGGUGCUUUCUACGGGCCCAAGAUUGACAUUAUGAUUUCUGAUGCUCUCAACCGGUGGUUCCAAUGCGCCACCAUCCAAUUGGAUUUCCAAUUGCCUAACAGAUUUGAAUUGGAAUUCAAGGGUGAGACCAACGAGAAGGGUCAAGUCCAUCGUCCCGUUAUGAUCCACCGUGCCAUUUUGGGUUCGGUCGAAAGAAUGACGGCCAUUUUGACGGAACAUUUCAAGGGUAAGUGGCCAUUCUGGCUUUCUCCUAGACAAAUCUUGAUUGUCCCAAUUGGCCCUAAGUUCUAUGAUUAUGCUCAAACUUUGCAGAAGGAAUUGAAUGACAAGUACUUCUUCUAUUGUGACGUCGAUGUUUCAGGGAACACCUUGCCCAAGAAGGUCAGAUCGGGUCAAUUGCUCAAGUACAACUUUAUUUUCAUCGUUGGUGAUGACGAACAAAAGAAUAACUCGGUCAACAUUAGAAAUCGUGAUAUCCCUGAAGAACAAGGAAAGGGCGCCGCUGUGCCUUUUGACACUGUCGUUCAACAAUUGAUCAAGUUGAGAGAAGAAAAGAGAUCGGAUAAUGUAUUGAAUUAG